AUGCCCGCAAAAAAAGCACCAAAGGAUACAAAGGACACUCAGGCUGCGGCCAAGGGUGCGGGAGGUUUCUCCGCAUUUCAACUGCUCAUAUUUGUGAUCGCCACUUCAUCUAUGGCAAUGAAUUUUGCCAUGAUCUACGGAGUUAUUCCUUUACAAGGUAAAUUUCGAUACAUCCCUCCUUUACGCAUACGAACUAUUUCUUAGAUGCAAUUUCCCUUUGUGUUCCUAAACUAUGGGCAUCCACUUUUUUCAGCGAAUUAAUACAGCAGUGCACGCGAACAAAUGGUCGGCCCGCUAGAGGUUAAGGAGCCAUGUAGACAAAUGAAACUUUAUCUCUGUAGUCUAAAAAUCUCUAAAAUUUACGUUAAAUCUAGAAAGAUCCUGUCCUAAUUUGCAUCCUUCUUUUUUUUUAUUGUAUUUUCAUGCAGGAUGCGAUGGUCCCCCUGGAAAAACCGGAGAACGAGGUAUGGAACAUUUGCAUUUAUUUCCUAAGAGGAUAAAUUAAUGUGUGGUUUACGAUGAGAGGUAUGCAAAGCUUUUGUAGUUAUUGUGAUAUUAUGACACUAAAAUUUCCUUUUUAUUUGAAAUUAGGACCGGCUGGUCCCCAAGGAAUGCCUGGAGAAGCGGGUAAGUGAUUUAUUUCGUGGACCCGUUUGUUUGCGCAAGCAGCCUCUUCCUUUAUCAUAUGGAUUUCUCAAUUCAGAGUUUAAACUGGAUUUCAAUUUACACUAUUAGAUCGAGACUUUUAUUCCUUGCUUUCUUAUGAAAUGGUGAUCCUGCACAGCUUGAUUCGAUUUCCUUUGUUUCGAGAAGAACUAACCGGCUUCGAUGCUUCUAUUGACUGUAAAAUUACCGUGAGAUGUCACGCAUUAAAAACGCUUUACUUUAAAAUUAAUGUAAAUGACACUGAAUUUAUUUCAAGUCGAAUAACAACCCCAAAGUUACAAGAAGAAGCCAAUCAAAUGACAAACGUGUCAAUUUAAAACUUUCAUCUACAAGUUGCGAUUAUGCGCUCUAAAAGAAACCUUCGAAAACCGUUCACGCAAUCUUCAUUGUGUCACGAACUCUACGAUUGUCAACGUGGCACUGGCAAGCUUUCUGCCUAAAUAUCGAUUAUCAAUGCCAUAUUGUGCUCAAAAUGGUAUUAAUAAAGCAAACAGUGAAACUUAAACUAACUUUAUUUAAAUAUUUAUUUAAAAAAGGACUUUUUGCAAUAAUUUUCUUUAAUGUAUUUACAGAACGUGAUAAAUAUUGACUCAGCCGUUCCUUAACCAUGUCAAUGGAUUUGAAGCGAAAUCUAAGAUUAAAAAAAAUUGUAAACGUUUGAGUUUAUUGUAAGACUGGCUUGAUAUUUUCUGAUGAGAAUUAUCUACUGAUCUGGUAAAGUAUACUUUAAAAAAGUGAAUUAAUAAAUAAUUCUUAAUUUUUUUGCAACCUUAAGAAAGCAAUUUUUCUGUAUAAAAUUAAAUUUGAUAUAAUUUGAUUUACUCAUCUCCCUUUGAAAGUGAAAUCAAAUAAAUACAAUUUUCCAGUCUGAAAUGUAACUAAUCUGAUUAUUCAUUUUAAGUUGUUCAUUGCCAUGAGUAUUUCAACCUAAAAUUAAACACUUUUAAUUCAUAGGACUGAUAACUGUAUAUCAAACACUCUUUAUGGAGGCUAGUGAAUGUUCUUCCUUUACACAUCUUGUAACAUAUGAUGAAAGCUAAUACUCUUCUAAAACAAUACAAGUCAGGGUUAGAAUUUCAUAGCAGAAAAAUAGUUUUUUUGUGGUACCUAGACUUCCUGAAACCUUUCAGGCAUGUAUAAGUUGACUUGUUGUAUCUCUUUCACUGCUUAAGGUGAUUCUAAAGGGAUUUCUCCUAUAUUUUGAAGCAUAAAUAUGUCAGAUUUGAAGUAUGGUUUGAUCAAACACCAACUUAUUUAUUUAUUUAUUUUUUUUACACUAUUAAGCUUAUCUUGAAGUCAUUUUUUUGGCCUUGUCUCUAAUGAACCAGACUGAUAGAAAUGGAAACUUUAUACAGGUGUCCCAGGCAAAAUAGGUGAGAAAGGUGCCCAAGGGGAUCCAGGAGAGAAAGGUGACAAAGGAGACCCUGGGGAACAAGGCUUCAAGGGGGAUACUGGACCCAAGGGGGAUGAAGGACUCCAGGGGGAAAGAGGGAUGCAAGGUAUUCUGUCGUCUAAUAUUUGAUGACAUGUUUUGAUAAAAAGAAAAUUUCCAAAGGUGGCUAAACUUUAAAAAGAGAUUAUUCUAUUUUUCUCUAUUUUGUAGACAUAGCAGUGUUGAAAAGUUAUUUUGAAAAAUAUGUAUUACUUUUGUAUAAGGGAGCUGCCAGAAAAUAUGACAGAAUAUUAUCUUGCUCUUCUUAAGUUCUUAAAAUAUUUUCAUAUAUAAAUUGGAAUUUAUUUUAUAAAUGUCCACCGUAUAAAGGAUAGAUAAUCCACUUAAAUUAACUGUCUAUCAAAGACAGCUGAGUUUUGACAAGUCAUAAUAUUUAAUGUUAAGUACCAUAAAACCUUGAGUGUAACUAUCAUGUUAGGAAGCACCUAACAAUUAACAUUAAAAAGAUAAAGCUCAAAAAUAUUUUACUUGAAAGCCAAAUGAUGGUCACAUAGAAACCUUCCCUAUGGAACAUUUGGGGAUACUUUAGGUGCACGUGGUCUAACAGGUGAAAGGGGUCCAAGGGGACUUGCAGGCGAGAAAGGAGAGACAGGAGCCCCUGGUGAAAAGGGACCCCAGGGUGAAAAAGGUCCCAAAGGGGAUGUUGGAGACAAAGGUACUCAAUCUGUAAGAUUUGAAUAAUUUUAAAAACUCAUUAACUUUAAAGUAUUCUAUCUGCUUUUUUGUGUUGGUUAAACUUAUGAUUUAAAAGCUGUCAAAAAUUAAAAAAUCCUUAAAUAAUAAAAAUAAAAGUCUUCUGUCACCUCUUAUACUUGUUGUUUUAUAAAGUCUUUGAAAUGAGAGGUGCAAAAGUUAAAACUGAAUUCUAUUGCUAAAAGGUUCCUUUUUGAAGAUAUUAAUGACUCAGAAUAUAACACAGAUUGGUUCUGCUUAUACUUCAAAUUUUUCAAGGAAAAAAACAUUCUAGUUUUAGAUACCACAUAUUGAAAAAAAAAUAGCUGCAUGAUCACAGUUAUAGCAAAAAAAAAGGCCUGUAUCUAUUUGCCCUUGAUUCAUAACCAGCACUCAAUUCCUCCAUUUUUUUAAAUAAGUUUUUUAGCUAGUGUAAGUCCUUUGAUGGUAAGUAUAUUAAUGAAACAGCCUGUUUUGGCAGUAUGAUGUAAUCCACCUGAGGUUCACUUUCUCGUAUUUUAUUUAUUGCCACAAGCAUGGACCCAAUGAAUUACAAUGUUCAUUGUUGUGACCAAUCUCCAUUACUACCAUUUUUCUCUUUUUGCUGUGAAGAAUUUAUUAUUUUUACAAGAUUUGGGCAUGUUUUGUUGCCAAUGCUCUAUUAGUCAAGAAAAAAUCAUGUUGAUGGAAUAGAUUUGGUUCUUUUUAAUAGAGUUUGUAUCAUUGUUUCACAUUAAUUUCUGCAAUAGAAUGUCUGAAGGCAGUAUUUUUAAUCUAACUGAGUUGAAGAGUAAGUGACCCAUCUCAGUAAGGUUCUCUACCUUACUUUCAAGCAUGUUUUGAUAAUGCCCUCAAUCGCAAGAACUUAGUGAGGUACCAUGUUGAUAUCAUGUUCUCUGUGAUGUUAUCGAAGGUCCAACUGGUCAGACUGGCCCAGCAGGUCCUGCAGGUCCACAAGGGGAGAGGGGUAAGUGCAUUUAUUUCACCAUAUAUAGUAAUGUUACUUGCAGACCGGAAAAAGUGAUGUCAUUGUUUGCCUGAGUACCCAAAUUAUACAUGCCACAUCUUAAACGUGUCUUGUAGUUUACCACUGUUUGCAUUGGUAUGCACACACUAUUGAAGAUAGUUUAUGUUAGAAGAUGAGAAAUUUGAAUUUCUAUGAAUCAUAAUAACAAACAUGUCAGAAACAUACAGAGUAAAUAAUCUUCUUAUUACAUAAUAAUGGGUUUUAAAAUGAGCAGUACCUACAAAUACACCCUUAAAUUUUGGCUUGGUCUGGUAUUGAUUUUUGUUUUUUCUUAUUUUCUUUUCUACAUUAGGUAACACAGGUGCAGAAGGGCCACAGGGUCCCCAAGGUGUGUUUGAAAUACCUGUUGUUGUUUCUUUUAAAGCCCUCACCACUGUAUUUUUGAGCUGUUGCAAAGGAAAUUUAGCUAGCUGCAACUCCACAAUUUUCCUUCUCAUUUGUUCAAGUUUGAACAAUUGUUGCAGUGGGCAACUUGGGCAGUGUUCUCCCUUAUUUUAAGCAUGACAGGUAAAAUAAAUUUUCAAACUGGUAAAGCAAUCCUUUUACCUGUUGAAUUUUCAAGAAUUCCAAGUAAUUUUAAACAGUAAUAAGAGGUACUAAAGGCAGUAAAUGUUACUGGCUACUGCCUGAAAAGGAGAACACUGUUGGGAUAUUAAUAAUGAAGUGACAAGCGAUGAGAUAGUGGUUAGGACCCUUAUUCCUUGAACUCCUAGGAUUUGAUUGUUAAUUCUCCUUUCUAACUGCUACACAUUUCCUUGUUAAUUAGUUUCAAGAAUUUUGGUGUUAGAUCAAGAUAAGAAAUUCUAUGUGAUAAGUUGGGACUGGAUAAUCUAUGGAUAUUAUAGAGAGAAGUUACAUAUUAAUCACUUCUGAGAGUUGAAGGGUCACAAUCAUAAUUAUUUACCAGUAAAGUGUACUGCUAAUAUUCUCGAAAGCAUCAAUACCAUCAUUGCCCUCAGGUUGUAUUUCUAAUCAGCAAAUCGUUGGUAGACAGAGAGCCUUGGUUGGUGUUAUUUCUUGUUGCAAUUUUGUUUCUGGAUAUCUCUCUUUUUUUCUUUUUUUUCUCUUUUCAUUUGCAUAAUUGCUUUUUAUUACAGGGCCUUCAGGAGAGAGGGGACUGGAUGGAUUAAAUGGAGAACCUGGUAAGAUGAUCUUUUAGACAUGAGAAAGACUUACAAAAUUUGUUGUUCAAGUUACUAGUAUUUAGGCUGGGUCAUGACAAGUUCCUUGUGUGAAUCAUACCUAACUUUCCUGUGCUGUAAGAGGGUCCAAAAUAGACUUUUCCAAUCCCACAUCCUGCUGCUACUUUGUAUUCCAUUCUGCCAUCCUGCCAUCCCACCACAAUGAACAUUUUCAUCCUGAUCCCACCUGGUUAAACCCAAGUUUCCCUAGUUCACCACCUUAUUUAAACUGAUGGGCAAAUUGAAGCCUUUGCAAUACUGAUAAUGUACUCUUUUUUAUGGAGAAAUACAAUAAAUUUCUCAAAGCAUGUUUAGCUGGCUUAAAAGAAUGGUUGUUCCUUAGCGUUUUUACUGGCAGGCUUGAGGACUGAACUAUGUGGUCACUUUUAGUUAGGUUACUAUUUAAUAUUUGAUGAGGCUAGCAAUUUUGAUGGUGUUGCUGUCAUAGAAAUUGCUCUGUCGUAAAUGAACCAACCAGAGAGUCAACAUAGCUUUUAACUAAUUUGUCUGGUGAAGGUUGUGAUUAAAUUGCAUCAGAUGUUACCCAAGAAAAAAAUGAAUAUGUAAUGUUAGUUAAUAAUAGGAAUUUUGUGUAUUUUUACGCAUGGUUUUUGGGGAAAGCAAGUAAAUAGUUUUUUUUUGUCUCUUAGGUCAUGUGACUCGCAACUUGAGCUAAAUUAUGAUCCAUCCUAAACCUGUCCUUUCCCUAUCCCUCCUUUAAACAGAGCAUAUCCCAUUCUCGCCUUCCUAUCUUCAUUCUGCAUUUUGCCUCAAAAUUUCUUAUCUCCCACAUCCCACCUUGUUUUUAAGCCUUAUCCUGCAUCCUGCCAAACCUAUGUUGGACCCUAUAAGGGAUCAUGCAGCCAUCCAUAGAGCAUGUGCAGAUAGUUUGAAUAUGAAGUCUAAACUCUAUUGCAAUUUUUGCUUUAGGAGCUCAAGGCCCUGCAGGACCUCAGGGUCCCCAAGGGGAACAAGGACCUCAAGGGGAAAGAGGCCCUCAAGGGGAACAAGGUGUGGCCGGUCCCCCAGGGGAGUUUCCUGUACCACCUGAUCAAACAGGAACACAAUGAUGUAGUGACAAUUUCUUUAAAAUUAAUGUGAGUCAAGCUCAUCUCUUCAUAAGUUAUUGAGUGGUACACUUUAAAUCCUUUGAAAAAUUGUCUGGUGAAACCAGUAAAUGCAUAUGAUUUGGUCAUUACAACCCAAGUUGAACAAUGGAAAAGAAAAGUCAGCUUGAAAUUUGCUUAACCCUUUAACUCCCAAGAUCUCAUUGAUAAUUCAACUAACUGUCUGCAUACAGUUGUUGUGAUGUUAGUCUGGAGGAUUUGCUAUUGGAUCAACUUAUAAUCCCCUGAUUGAUAAUUUCUUGAUAUUUUGAUCACUUGUCUGCUUUGUAUUGUAUUGAUAUUGAAAGGAGAAAUUCUGUCUUGGUCAGUCAUGGGAGUUAAAGGGUUAAAUUUUCACAUAAUCUGCCUAGCUGAUAUUCCUAGGUUUAGGCCAUGUGCUGCAUAUCUCUGGAAAGAUUUUUAACAGUUUUUAUUUAAAAAAUAUUGGAUUCCUCAAAUUUAGCCCUUCUAAGAAAAUUGUCGAUUGUACACCUUAUGUAAAGAAACAUUUGCUGCCUUUUUCACAAAGGAGAUAUUUAUCCAUGAGUGAUUCUGAUUUGUUUUCUGUUUCAGGAUAAAAUUUUGCAUACAUCCACUGAUCAACUUCAGUUGAGAUUCUUUGUUUCUUUUUAAUACUGGCACACAUGAAUGAGCCACAUAAAUAUUUGAAACUCACUCAUAUCUACCUUGACAGCCUCUUUUUUUUCUCUUCUUUUUGUCUCAAUCUUUGCUGUUUUUUCCCUUUAUUUUGUUUAUUUCUUGGUAACAGGUGUGUGGAGCAUUUUUUUAUGAUAGCAAAGUGCAAUACAUAUUGUUAGACUGAAUUUGAAAUUUUUUUUAGUAUGAGACUAGUUUAAGUCUAGAGUCAAAAAGCAUGUAAAUGGUUUUGGGAAGCAUUUCCUGCAGAACAUACAGCAAAAUUUUUAGGCAGUCUUGGUGCAAGAAUUCAAGACUUGCUAGAAAGCAACAUAUUGAUGCUUUUGUGAUGAGCUCAAUAUUUUAAUACAGUUUAAGUUAUAGAGUGCUUUUGUCAAGCGCUUUUUAUCAAGAUGAUGAUGGUGGAAAGAAGGCUUAGAUACAAAUAUUUCUAUUUUUCCUGAACUUUACUAAAAUUAAAGUAAUUCAGCCUUUUCCACCAAUCACAUUACCAUUCCUAUACUAAUUAGACUCCAUUUUGUAUGAAAUUUUCGAACUUUUUGCCAGACGUACUUCUUAGCUAGAAAUACAGGUUGUUAAUUUUCUUUAAUGAAAAUAAACUUGUAAUGUUUCAAAUGUGCUUUGGUAGUUUGUCUCUUAGUAUGAAGUCUCGCGUGAAUAACCUUGUAAAAGAAAAUUAUGUUUUUUAAAAGUCAUCGUAAUUUUUGGUCGCGAGAAAUAAUGUUUAUGGUGUUUCGUAAAAGUAAAUAAAAAGCUUUAUGGCGGUUAAUGAUGCUUAGUGACG